CGGACACACCCCGAUGUACGUCCCCCACAAAACAUCACACCCUGUUCUUGUCUAUUCUAAUUUGCAAACAAUGGUAUAGGUCGAAUAUAUUGAGCAGUCCGUUAUUGGUGGUGUCGAUAAAUGGGUUACUCAGAAAAAUCCCGAAUGGGGCCUAGCACGAAUCUCGAAUACGAACCCUGGCAAACACUCCUAUACAUACGACAGCUCCGCUGGCACUGGCGUCUGUGUAUAUGUUAUUGAUACCGGUAUCGAUGAAGCCCACUCCGUAUGUAUAUCUUGUCCUCUCCAAAUACAAUUUUCUGGAUCUAAACAAUGUAACUGUAGGAAUUUGGUGGGCGAGCAAAGCUGAUUAAAUCAUGGGUGCCCGACUCAACCGGGGACGUCCACGGGCACGGAACACAUUGUGCAGGGACCGUUGGCGGCAAGACCUACGGCGUAGCAAAAACGCCACAUUAUUUGCCAUGAAAGUUCUUAAUGAUAAAGGUCGAGGUCACGUCGACUCUGUCAUUGCGGCCAUUGACGAGGUUGCGGCUGACGCACCGAAGCGCCAUUGCCCACGAGGUGUUGCUAUGAGCGUAUCGCUUGGUUUCGCAGGGUCCCAACAGUCUUUGCAACAGGCAACAGCUAACUUGGUCAAGAAGGGUUUCUUCUUUGCAGCAUCGGCUGGUAAUAAGAAUAAAGACGCCGAGGGCCAUUCACCAGCCGGCGAACCACUGGCAUGUACUGUCGGAGCCAUGGAUGAAGACGACAAGAUGGCCAGCUUUUCGAACUUUGGGCCGUUGGUGGACCCCCAAGCCCCUGGAGUGGAUGUGGUGUCUGCCAAAUCUGGCGGUGGUUCUGUGUCCAUGUCGGGAACUUCCAUGGCAUGUCCUCAUGUGGCAGGACAGGCGGCUGUUCUUAUGUCAUCGGAAAGCAUCAAAGGCGACCUGGUGUGUGAUAGGCUGAAAGCACUCGCCUUGAAAGGGGUGGUUACUGGGGUGCCCGAUGAUACAACCUCCGAUCUUUUGUUCAAUGGCAAUCCAGAAGCCGAAUAAAGUAUCGUGGGGUUGGCUAUGUUGGUUUAUACCGCGCUGCUGAAUAACCUGGGCAGCUCCAAUAGCGG